AUGACGAACCGGAAAAAGCAACAGAAGAUCACGACAUUAUUCCGGAAAGCAGCAACGGAAUUGCCGGAAGAAUGCGAUGGACUACGGGAGGAAAUUCAGCAUUUGGAACAACAAUUAAGGGAGAAGCAGAAUGAGUUGUUUCAGUUACAAAGGAACAGUUACCGACACAAACAGUCGCCACCUAAGAAGAGAACAGGCACUUUUGUAAGACCUCAGAAAAUCGUCUUAAACAACUCUAUAGAAACAUUAAAGAAGGACCUAGAGCUGAUGUCGGUGCUAACUGGCACAGAAGUGCAGUCAUACGUAGUAGAUGACCACUGCUGUAUUGUUUUUCACAUGCAGCAUGACACUGAACAUGAGCUUAAGCAUGGAUUGAGGAUUGAUACUAAGUCUGGUGUGAACAAAGUGUCAGCAUGUUCCCUGCCCCUUGGUUUCAACUUAACUGCUGUACUGGAUGACUAUGAGAACAUGAUGUUGCCGGAAAGUCUUAACGCCAUCAGAAAAGCUCUUGUGGCUUAUUACAAUAGAUUGGAACAGUUUCAAAAUUUAAAAAAAUUACUAAACGUAGAAGCAGAAUUAUUUAAGACCCUGGAUGGUUCUCACAUGGAGAUAUCGUUCUACGCGCAGGCUGAGGACGACUCGGAAGAUGAUCCGUUCAGUGUCGUGCUGAUGCUCACUUACCGCGUGUACGAUAUUCGACCAAAGACAUAUAAUAUUAAGGAGAUAGGAGACCCUUUGAUUUUCCGAAAAUCGAUGGUUGCCAAAGUAGUCUUACUGACCACUAGUGGUCUACCCCAACCUCCAAGAGGUCCUCUACAGCAAAAAGAACGGAUGCGUCGUCAGAACUUUCCAUGAAUAAUGGAAUACAACACGUGUUCUUAUUAUAUCCAUCGUUCAAUCGUCGAAGGGCUUCGCCAAUCGGCGUAAGGUACAACAGCACAUGAAGGUAUAAACAUUUGUUCGAAUAUCGCCUCCAGGGCAACGGGGCAAGAUCCGUUAAUGUGUAGCUUGAUGUGCGGCCGCCUGUACUAGCCGAUUAAUGCCCAGGAUGCGCCAGAUGUACAGGAAAUUAAUGGCACGUCGUGCGGGGAGGCUCCU